GACUGUCCUGACGUAGUAAUGACGUCAAGUUGUAAUGUUAAUCGAGAAUUUUUUUUGUUAAAUGUGUCAAAUAAUUAUUAUCUGUACAACCACUUAACCUGGGUGUGCAUGCUUUUAUGAGUUUGUUCAGCUCCAUUAUAUAAGAAGUAAAGAAUUGUCGGGACUAUAUAUAUAUGGGGUAAGUCUGCACUGUUCUAUGAUGGAAUGCGGAGAAAUGAUAUCCUAACCUGUAAAGGAUAGUGUGGGAAUAUGCUGAAUGACAGCUGGACUGAUUAGAGAUAAGUGUUCUUCAGAAGUACUGCUAUGCUGAGGCUUCAUUUGUGCCUAAGGUUUAUUAUUAGAGAGAAGAGACAAUCUGAACCUUAUAUUAGAGCAUCAUCCAAGUGUAUUUUCUAAAACAUGGCCUUUCAACCAACAGAGCAUCAACACGUGAGGUUCAAUCCUUUGCGAGGGGACUGGAUACUAGUGUCUCCCCAUCGCAUGAAGAGGCCAUGGGCAGGACAGGUUGAGAAACCGGUUGGAGAGGACAUACCCGCCCAUGACCCGAAGAACCCUCUCUGCCCAGGUGUGGUGCGCCCAAAUGGGGAGGUCAAUCCAAACUACGAGUCGACAUUUGUUUUCACCAAUGACUUCCCAGCCAUGCUUGAGGAAGUGCCAGCACCCGAAGAGAGCAAUGACCCUCUCUUCCAGGCAUCCCCAGCACGCGGCACCUGUCGGGUCAUGUGCUUCCACCCAAAGUCAAACCUGACACUCCCUCUCAUGACCUGCCAGGAGAUCAAGACUGUUAUUGAUGAAUGGAUAAAACAAAUGUUAGAUCUUGGGAAAAAAUACACCUGGGUGCAGAUUUUUGAGAACAAAGGGGCUGUCAUGGGAUGCUCGAACCCACAUCCACAUUGUCAGAUCUGGGCAUCAUCAUUUAUGCCCAAUGAACCAAAAUUGAAAGACACUAAUCAAAAAGACUACUUUGCCAAGUAUGGAAGACCUAUGUUGAUGGACUAUGUUAACAGAGAGCUUGAAAAGAAGGAACGUCUUGUAGUUACGAAUGAUGACUGGGUUGUUGUGGUUCCAUACUGGGCAGUUUGGCCCUACGAGACAAUGGUUCUUCCAAGGCGUCAUGUGUCUCGCAUGACAGAUCUAACAGAAACAGAGAAGACAUCUUUGGCUGAUAUCGUAAAGAAAUUGACAACCAAAUAUGACAAUCUCUUUGAAUGCUCUUUCCCUUAUUCUAUGGGUUGGCAUGGUGCUCCAACUGGGCCAUGUCUCCAAGAUGAUGUCCAACACUGGGUUUUUCAUGGUUGUUACUAUCCUCCUCUCCUGCGCUCAGCUACUGUCAAGAAGUUCAUGGUUGGAUACGAAAUGCUGGCACAAGCUCAACGUGACUUAACGGCAGAGCAAGCGGCAGAUAAACUUAGAGUCUUGCCGGAGGUUCAUUAUAAGAAUGCUUAAAGAUGUUUUGGAAAUGAUUAGUUUGUUAUUUAAUUUUUUUAUUUAUUUAUUUUUUUAUUGACUGACUGAUAGCAGGAUAUGUUCUGUAUAGGAGCACAAGAUUUUGUAUGUUACUAUUUUGCGUGUGUGUGUGUGUGUGUGUGUGUGUGUGUGUGUGUGUGUGUGUGUGUGUGUGUGUGUGUGUGUGUGUGUGUGUGUGUGUGUGUGUGUGUGUGUGUGUGUGUCUAAUUCCAGUUUUUUGUUUGAUUUUGGCUAUUGUACACAAAAUUUGGGAUUUGAUAUGG